GUCUCUUCUCGUCUAGUUAGUUCACAGGAACCAGACUGUGGCACUGGUGUCUCGUCGUUUUGGAAGUUCGAUGGAUCGGGCGGGAAAAUGCUAGGGGAGAUGGGAACUCUCCUCUUAGUUGCGGGAGCUAUUCGGACUAGUUUGGAGAAAGUUUGGGCGGGUCUGGACGAAGAGACCCGAAAGAGAAUUUAAAAUAAAAGAGAAUAUGUCUUUCUUUUAAGAAAGGAUAAGAAAGAGAGAUAGAACGAAAAUGGGAUCAAGUCAGAUGUUGAGAUCAGUUCGGAUUUUGACGGUGAAAAAGGCCGAUAAUGGGAUGGACCAGGGGAAUUCAAGGCUUUCAAAAAGAGGGGAAGAGGGAAAAAUUAGAAGAAUAAGCACUACCUCUUGGUUGAAGAUGUUCCCUCCUCGCCUUGGGGUAAAAGGGUCAGAACUGAGUAAAAGAACAAGCAGUCUGUAAGUAAUAGUACGAAGCGGCCCUGAAGCGCAAGGCAAAGGUACCGAUGCAGCAUAACAAGCAAAUAGAAAAUGACGAGAUCGAGUGACAGAUGCGGUUUACCUAACGCCAAAAUAGAAUUAAAAUAAGGGCUGGAAG